GACCGUCUACAAUUAAAUAACAUGAGCAAAUUCAAUUCUCCACAGAAAUAUUUUAGUAAUGAGUGUUUCAAAGUCUUCACAGUGAGCUCUGCAGAGUUUCUGAAACCAAAAAACCUAAAGCCGGAGGACACUGAAAUUCCAGAGCUUCAAGAUUUUUUGCAAAAUCUAAACGACUCUCACUCAGUGACACUAAAUUACGUUUCUGGAGCUCAAGGGAUUCUGUCUUUGAUGCAAGGGGCCAGCUUGAAAAAAGUGGCUGGCUGUUGUAAAGUUGUGUCUGAUGACCUUGAGACAAACCUGAAUUGUCAACUUGAUGAAAUCAGAGAUGAAAUGCGGGAGAUCUACACCACCUUCAUAAAAUGUCUCAAUGAAGGAGUUGAAAAAUCCAAAAGUUCUUGUAAAAAUAUUCUGAAAUUCUUCUUAUAUCCUACAAGAAAGAGUGGAAGUGCCCAAUACUACAUCCUGAAGAGUGUCGUCAAAAAUGGUGGCAUCCACAAACCAAAAAAGGGGAAAGAAAUAAAUUUCAACAUGAAAUUAACUUCAUUCUUGAGUAAAAGCAUCGAUGAGGAAUUCAGAAAAACUUUUCCCAAUGAAGGAAAUUGUGGUCCAUUCAAUGGAGUGAUCAAUAGGUUUUCACUUGACGUUGAAAAACUAAAACCAAAGUACAAGGAUGCAGACCUGCAGCUGACUUUUCUUAAGACGGAGGAGGAAAAGCUAAAGACAAAACUGAACAAAAUGAUUCGUGACAACAAAAAAGUAAUCUACAUGAGUCUAACCAAAACAGUUGAGGAAAUCAUGAAAGAGUGCUAUGAAAAGGCUGCACAGUUUCGAGGAAAGAACACACUGCAGAACAUAAGGGAAACAAUACAGCAAUAUGUGUACAAUUUUCAGAACAGCAUGUUUGAGAAAGCCAAGAAUGUCAUGUUGGAGCUUCUCCUUAAACUGAUGGCGGAUAUCCUGGGACUUCUGGAAAAAGACAUGAUGGAAUCUAUUGAGCUGUCCCUCAAUACUGAAGACUGUACAAUUCCAGAUGUGUCAACUGAGCUUGGAAUGGUGCAGAAACUCUGCGAGGAGUUGAGCAGCAGCAUGGACGCAUAAAUAUCCUUAAAAUGGACAUGACAUUUAUAAAUGGCAGUGACUGCGAACUUUCUUUCCAGACAUGUUAGCAAAGAUUUAUGAUACUUUGUAUUUUCUUUCAUUUAUAACAUUCUGACCUACAAUCAUCCUCUUAGGAUCAUUGCAAUGACACAAUAUUCUAAUAUCUGUAUGUCUUUGUUUCUGUUUUAUCACCAGGUGUAAAUGCUCUGAUUGGCCACAUGAAAUCUUCUUUGUACAGAUUUGAUGUACUGAUUUUAUUGGCGCCUAUGUUGUAGAUAUGAUUUAUAUGUCCUUAAACACUGCCAGCAUUCCCAUUUAUUUUAAGCAAGCUGUUGGCAAGUCAAUGCUAAGCAAUAAUAUAAAUAUAUUUUCAUAAUAAUGACAGGUCAGAACCAUUCCUCACAUAAAAGAUUGUUUUUGUUAUGUGUAUUUUCUGAAUAUUAAUAAUAAAUAAAUGAUGUUUGAAUUUAUGUGUAUGAAUGUGUUAUUAGCUAACACAGCAACUAAUAUUUCCUGUCAACUUUCAUAUCCUGCAACAAAUAUAAAUGACAUGAAUGUUAAUUUGUACAAUCUUGGCAAAAAAUAUAAAUUUUUACAGUGUGUGAUAAA